GCCAGAGUGAAAGUGAAGAGGUGACAUCCGAGAGUGCUGGAGUCAUCCUAGCCUGCACCCAACCCUGUCGUUGCUGCCAUUCCAUAUAUAGCUCCUGACAACUGUGUCUAGGGCUGGAACUUCCAGCUCUCCCCACCACCACCUCCUGUCACAUUUCUGCAUCUGAAGCCUAAGCACAGCUCUUGGCCCCUGCUGUAGCCUUUGGACAUCCACUGCAACAGGAUGGCUGAGAAGCAGGAGCAGCCGCAAGCCUCCCAGAACAGCGAAAAGGCUGAAAAUGCAGAGAACGCAGAGAACGCAGAGAACACAGAGAACACAGAGGAGGCCGAAAAGCCCCAGGAGCUGGAGGAGCUGCCACCCUUCGAAAUUGUAACAGGGGAACGGCUUCCAGCCUUCUUUUUCAAGUUCCAGUUCAAGAAUGUAGAAUACAGUUCAGGCCGGAACAAGACCUUCCUGUGCUACAUCAUAGAGAUUCAAGGCAAGGAGUCAAAAACCUUACGGGGCUAUCUGGAGGAUGAACAUGCAGCAGCCCAUGCAGAAGAUGCCUUCUUCAAUACCAUCUUGCCUACGUGUGAAUCUGGCCUACGCUACAAUGUUACCUGGUAUGUCUCUUCUAGCCCCUGCGUCGGCUGCGCUGAGCAGAUAACUAAGGCACUGAAGAAGAACAAGAACCUGAAGCUCUCCAUUGUAGUGGGCCGUCUCUUCAUGUGGGAAGAGCCUGACAUUCAAGCUGCUCUGAAGAAAUUGAAGGCAGCUGGCUGUAAAAUGAGAAUCAUGAAGCCUCAAGACUUUGAGUAUGUAUGGAAGAAUUUUGUAGAGCAGGAGGAAGGUGAGGAACCUAAGGCAUUUACACCCUGGGAGGACAUUCAAGAGAACUUCCUAUAUUAUGAAGAAAAGCUUGCUGAAGUUUUGCACUGAGGUUCAAGGCCAGCGUGUGUGAAGUUUGCCAACCCUUUGGAGAGACAAACAUGAUAUACUUUGACAUCUGGGACUCCCCCUUCAGUCCUCCAGAGCUGCUUUGAAAAAGAAAAACAACACCACAAGUCUCUGGUUGACAUGUCGCCUUGCUGACUAAAAAUACAUUUAUUAUGCUGCAUGUAGGCAUUUGGUUGUUUGAAAUACAUAAACCUGCAGUGCUGCUGCUCACAUGGGAGGAAAAAGCAUUAUGCUAUGGAAUGAAGUUAACAAUCUGCAGUGCAAAGCUUUUCAUCACUGAAAACUUUAAGCAAAGAAGUCAAACCACACCAAAGAGCUCCUUACCAAAACAAUAAUGCAAAUUAAAUAAGUUUAGCAAA